CCAACUGUAGCAGGUUUGACUCCCAGGUGUGAUCCCAGGCAGAAGGGAGUCCAAUGGCCACUGCAAUUUAUGACCCACACCUGGGCGCAGGUCCAUCUGAGGAAUCGGAGAUCCUCCUGGAUGAUUCUGACUCAGGAAGUGUGCUUUCUGAUGAUUCUGUGCUUCCUGACUAUGAGAGGGAAGAAAAUAAGGAGCCAGCUAAAACGCUGUAUGAGGCCUGCACUAAGAAUGACCCCACAUCCCUGCGCAGCAUCCUGGAGAGAGGAGUCACUAAAGAAGAGGCCAUGGAGCUUGACAUCAAUGGCAGGAAUGGACUGAUGGUGGCUGUGAGCAAGGGAUUCAUAGACGUUGUCACCCUGCUGCACGUGUGUCCAUUAAUAGACAUCAACCACCAAGACAAUGAUGGCAAUACUGCCCUCAUGAUAGCUGCCCAGGCAGGGUUCAACACCAUUCUAAACUAUAUUAUUAACUACUACUCUGAUGUGGACACUGAGGUCAAGGAUCCUCGUGGAUUCACAGCCCUCAUCAAGGCAGGCCUGCAGGGCCGAGAAGAGUGUGUGUCCGCCCUGAUAAUGCAUGGUGCAGAUAUUAAUGCAAAAGACGAGGUCCAAGGGAAAGGUCUAAAGGAGUGGGUCAUUAGGACAGGAGGAUUUGAAACUCUCAAAAGAAUACGCCGCCUGCAGGCUCGUCCAGUUGCUGAGCAGUUCUGUGAAAGCUACAUUUCAGAGUGGCCUGAGCUGAAGAAAUUGGUAGCAAAGGCUACUGCCACCAAAACAGCCAGUCAAAAGCUGAGGCAGCGCUUAAAAGACAGCCUUUCUUUUAGCUUCCCUCAGGACCCCCAGGACAAUGGGGUUAUGGACCAUAUGGUGCGAAUGACCACCAGCAUGCACAGCCCCCUGAUAGCCACUGGUUGCCGUCCACUUUGUCCCAGCAGCCCCCCAGAGAUUGGCAAGAGAAGGUUUGCUGUGCCUGAACUGCUUGAAAAGCACAGCAGUAAGGAAUUGGAGGAGAGCACAAUAUCCCACAGGAAAGGCUCUGUCAUCUCAGUUUCUCCCACUGCAGUGUCAGCCACCUCUGUAACCCUGACCUCCUGCUGCCAGGACUCAGAGCGCAGGGAAAGCAUAGUAUCAAGUGGCAUGAGGAGCUUCAUUCCUCGCAGCAUGGCACACAGGAACAGCAUCUUCCCCUCAGGCUGUAUUCCUAAAAUUGAAGUGACAAAAUCUAGGGAGCCCACUCCAAAGAAACAGAAAAAGAAGAAAAGGCAGAAGGGCUUCCUGGAGCCUCCGGUCUGGAAGUACAAGGAGGCCAAGGAGGAGAAAAAGAGAGAGAAGAAGCAGCAGGAAAAGGAAAAAGAGCAACAGAAAAAAUGUAAGGGAUCUAAACGUUCAUCAAAAGAAAAAUGAAGCGUCAUUCUCUUUUCCCUAGAGAAUUUCACUGUGAUAUUGUAAUGCAUGAGAGAUGAGCAUGUGAUUACAAGUGACUUGGGGGCAUGUUGUAAUAGAAGAAAAAGGAAUUGCAAACUUGUUGAGAAAUGAGCAAUGGACUUGACUUGGGAUGGACAUGAGACAACUGGAAACUUGAAUUUUCUAGAUGUGAGUUAUUUCUUAGCUUUGGGACUUUAAGCUGAACUUAACUUACACUUAUAUAGACAAAAGCACUGGGA